AUGAAGGUCCCUUACUUCCUUGUAUUUCUUGCGGCGACUGCGUCCGCCAAAAAUGUCGUUGUCACUAAGCCCGUUGACGGGGAGACGUUGAAGGCUGGCAAUACGGUUACGGUACAGAUUCAGAGACCGGGUCCCUUCGACCCGAAGCAGCAUGAAUCCGACCAGCCGCCUUAUCAGGACUUCAGCGUGCACAUUCCCCAGGUUCUCGAUGGGACGGCGCAACUAAACUUCAUCUAUCUUGCCUAUGUUGGUCCUAGCUCUGCUCCGUUUAUGGACACAUUGGAGCGGACGGUCAACAUUAUCCCUUACAAAGAAAUAUCAGUUUAG